AACUAAUUUUAAAAGCAGUGAGAAGUUUCAUAAACUGCAUAAUACAUAGUUACAUACGUCCAAUCUUUCCAUGAUUUUGUGCCUUGUCCAACUCCAAAUCACAUGUCGAAGUAAAUUUUAUGAGACAGCUCGAUAAAAUGUUUCGCAGUUGUGUGACCAAAUUCGUUUACAUGCGGAAGCCGCCCGUGUAUGGUUUCCGACUUGCCGGAUCUGGAUUGUCUGGAACUUACCACAGGAACUUGCAUUUUGACAGAAGAUGCCAUGUCCGAAGGAGAGAGGCAUAUAACCAGCUUGUUGCAGAGUAAUUUCCCAGAAGCUACUGAAAUUGAUGUUCGAGACGUUUCUGGCGGAUGUGGGACAAUGUAUCAAAUUUAUAUCGAAGCAGAGGAGUUUCGAGGCAAGAAGCUUGUCGAUCAGCAGAGGAUGGUUAAUAAGGUGCUUGAAAAGGAAAUCAAAGAUAUGCACGGUUUAAGUCUACAGACUGUUGUACCGGUAAAGUGAACUGGAUGAUAUGCACACCGUUCGGCUUCGGCCAUAAGUUGGUUGUACUGUGCUUUGUUUGUUUGGAAUUGUGUAAAAGUAAAGUUUAUAAGUUACCUUUUUCAAUAUUUAUAUUGAAAGUCUUCUCGGGAAUUUUGACAGAUGGCCAAAUUUGUAAAUUAUUUAGCAAAUAGUAAUUAGUUCUGUGUCUUGUUACUGUGGUGCAAUGCAUUGUAUAUCAUUACAAUUGUUGUGAUACGCUGUACAUUUGGCCAUGGGUGAACCGUGAAUAACAAGUCAAGUCAGAACAUUCGUGCUCUCUUUCAGUUAGCUUUUUGAAAGAUCCAUUUCCAUUGAGAAGUUUUUUUUCUGUCGGAGUUAACAAUAUUUUAUUGGGUUGCGUUAAGAACAUCAGGUUAAGAAAUAGAUUCCGUACUAUAAAAUCACUUUAACACAUAGUACACUUUGUCAAGCUUCCGACCUAUGCAGAAAGUUUCCUGCACACACGCCGCGUUUCCACGCAUGAAUGCAAUACUGUUACUGAUCCGCUGUUUCAGAAACUGAGGGGAUCGUUUCUCUUGUGUC